CAACAGACUUGUCACAUACUCGAUAUCCUUGCCGCAGCCCGCGUUGCAAUCCAAUCGCAUAUUAGUUGAUAGAUAAAUACCCCAACUCAUCCGGGGAUACAUUUCAAAGCAACAUCUACAACUCGAUUCGCAUUUCAUUCGUUGCGCAUAUAUAUUACUCCCUUGACGAAUUUCACACCCGACCCUUGUCUCCCAAAACUACCUACCCGGGCACUCCAUCGCAAACCGGAGAAAAGCCCCGACUACGCGCAUACUUUCUCCAUCAUGCCUUCAACAACGACGUCUUCAGGACCUCUAUUCUCCCCGGAGCUCAUUUCUCCUGCCGUCGCGGCGUCACUGCCUGAGGGCCACUCUCUCCGUCCUAUCCAGCGGACCGACUUUGAUGCCGGCUUCCUCGACGUUCUGCGCGUGCUCACAACAGUCGGAGAUGUGACGCGGGAGCAAUGGGAGGCGCGAUACGACUGGAUGGCGACUCGGGCAGACGAGUAUUUCCUUUUGUGCAUAACGGAUCCUACGGGGAAGAUUGUUUCGACAGGGGCAUUGAUUGUUGAGAGGAAAUUUAUCCAUAAUCUCGGCCUCGUUGGCCACAUUGAAGACAUUGCUGUCGCGCGGGAUCAGCAGGGUAAAAAACUCGGGUUGAAGAUCAUUCAGGCAUUGGACUAUGUGGCGCAGCAGGUUGGAUGCUACAAGACCAUCCUCGACUGUUCCGAGGCGAAUGAGGGUUUCUACGUCAAGUGCGGCUUCAAGCGCGCUGGCUUGGAAAUGGCACACUAUUUCGAACCCCCUAAGAGCAAGUAUGAAGCCAGCUAAGACUCUACUGUUUCAUGGCUUUGGGUGUAUAGAUUUAAUUUGGGGCGAUAGUCUCUGAAACGAGAGCGAAAAUCUGGAAGACAUAGACACAGAUUUCCCAAAGUAUCUGAUGCAUAUUGACUCCCUACGGACGCUACUUGGAAAGGGCAAAGGCAUAAAAUGUGCUUGACAUAUGAGGUUUUCGGGACGGAAAGCUGGACUUUUCACCGAGACGCUGAAAGACCUACAUAUCAAAUUAUCAAACCACUUACCGAUUUGUUUACUUUGUUUCUCCGUGAGCGAAAAUUCAAUGCAUAUGCCAAU